GUCACGGCUCUGGCAACCAACCAGCCAAAAUUAAAACUCCAAAAUGGAUCCGUAAGCUGAAAAUGUUCAUAAAGAAAUGUACUAUCGAACCGGUCCCCGAGCCUCCACCACCGGACCCAUGUAAGCUCCAGCGCAUCAGACAGAAGCAGAAGGCAGGUAUCAAAAUAUGUCCACCAAAACCUAUUAUACAGCCAGACCCGCCGCCGCCGUGCCUGGCCAUCUGUAUAGAAAAGAUUAAGAACCCGCCUUACACAGUCUCUGAUCAGCCAGUAGUGUGUGUCGUAGAACGCGAGAAGACAGGCACAGCUAGGUGUGACGCAAUCGAAGACUUAUCAGCCGCUCAUCAGGACCCCCCGCACCCUUGCCAGAAACAACCCCCGCCCCCGCCCCCACCGCCUCCACCACCCCCUGACCCCUGUGAAGUACAGAAACGACAGCAAAGCCUAGCCGCUUGCAAAGAAAAGUACAGACGAUACUACGAAUGAUGGAUAGGACUACAGACGCUAGACCUUCGAAAGUAGACACACAUAUAAAUAGAUUCAGAGAUGUUUUAAACAAGGAAAC